AUGCGAGCGGAAAUGGUGAGUGAUAGCAGUAAGAAUAGCAGUGGUAAUAGCGCCCAUUACGAGAGGAGGAAUGAUAACGGUGCAGACCACCGUUAUCGUUCCAGAUCCGGGAAUAGCGGUGCUUUGGUAACGAGGUUGAGUAGUGGGCCGCUCUCCGUCAGGGGAUUAGUAAAAGAACGAGCGGGAAGCAGCCAGGUGAAGGGCUGUGUGGAGGCGUUUCUGGACGCUAGGGCCCGAUUGAACACAGCUUGGGACCGAGCCGGGUGUAACUGGCUGGACCAGGUGGAUUACUAUGCACGGCUGAGGAAGACCGCGUUCUCGAAUGAGUUGGAUCUGCUGAGGGAACCCAUGAUCGAUGCGUAUAUGGUGGAGAUGAGGCAGAAGUUUGGUGCCUCGUAUAAACAGUCUGUCGUGGAGCUGGAAGGCAAAGUAAAACAGGUGGAAAACGAAUGGUAUGCAGUGCAUGGCGAUGUGGACGCUAAACUGGAAGAGCUGACGGCAGAGCGUCAAUUUUUGAAAAGGCUGAGCAGCACAAUUGUCCCUCCCAGGUCUAGAAGGUCGCAGCGGCUGCCGCCAUUGACCAAAGAGGACCGAGCCAACAGUGUCUGUCCGCAGCCUAGGGGCGUGAAGGACAUUGUUUGGUUCGAAGCCAUCCAGAAGAAGAUGUUAGGAAUGGAUGGCACGAUCAAGCUCCUGGAGACAGAACAGAAGCUACUGGUGGAGGAGAGGAACAGCGUCAAGAGGACGUCCUGGCGCACGGUGGAAGCGUACCCUGGCUCGGACGAGUUCGCUUACUUGGAGAAAUGCAUCAGGUUGAUGGCCUCUCAGAGGGCAAUAUGCUUUUGUCUUGACAUAGAGGCCUUCGAGGCGAACCAGAAUGUGAUCACGGAGAUCGGAAUCUCCAUCUACGACCCCAGGGAGAACAUGGUGCCAUCGAUGCUUCCAAUUACGAAGAAUUACCACUUGAUCAUUGAGGAGUCUCUAGAGCUGAGAAACCAGAAGUGGGUCUGUGAUUACAAGGACUGCUAUUUACUGGGCGAAAGCUACGUCCUGAAGUUGAAGGAGUGUGCGCGGUUCAUUCAGUCGCUGAUCAACUACUAUCUGGUCCCGGUGACCGAACAGGACACAACAUGGUCGAGAGCCCUCAUUGGGCACCACGUGAGCGGCGAUCUCAAGUGGCUCGAGACCAUUGGUGUGAAGUUCCCCGGCAGAGGGUAUGAAGGCCGUUUGAACCACACUCUGCUUCCCGCUGACGGCCCUGGCAGUGUAGAUGUCUUCGUCUUGGACACUGAGCAGUUUUACAGGAAGUCGUACGGCGAAAAGGGGAGCAGCUUGGGCAAGAUUCUCCGGCUGUUCGAGAUACCGCAUGCGUUCCUGCACAAUGCCGGCAACGAUGCAUACUACACCCUGCGCUUGCUGAUGAAGUUCUGCGACAUCAAUUUCAGAAGGGCCACUGGGAUGGACGACGUUCUCAAAGUAAUGGGCCAAGUGAGAACCUGGGGCGAAAGAGACCUGCGGGAGCCCAAAGUGGUGCCCAUGUCGUAUGCCAUCUCCAUCGAGGAGGCGGCGGCCAAGAAUCGGAUGCACCGCAAGGGCGUCAAGAGUAACAGGAAGGAAAGAGUCUGCCAGACGGAGUUCGGUGGGUUGACGUAUUUUGGAACGGGCAGAGAUGCCUUUGCAAGCACGCUUCCGACACUCUAA